AUGCGCCAGUCAAUCCGCAAGAUGCAACUCGAUUUCUCUCAACUACAGCUCGACGUUCACCUCAACCCGACUGAGGUGGGCACGGUGCGACGUCGCACAAAACGGUUAACAGCAUGUCCAACGCUGCCAUCUUCAACACGAUACAACUAA